CCUCCAAGACGCGUCGACAGGACACAAGCCGGAGUCGGAGCGGAGCGCAGAGCGAUACGAAGCCGCAGAGAGAGUAGCUGCUGCCGGAGGUGGCAUGACAUUACCGGGCUUUUUGGAGAGCAAGAGCGCAACACCUUUCCUUAUUUAUUAUUCCGGGACACUGAAAAGCAGCUUCUGACCCUCGGACUGAAGCUUUGAGAGCUGUAACUGAGGUCUUGCUACUGCCAAGGACGACCCUCGUGUGCGCAAAAUACGCGGGGACGCAGAGAGGGAGAUACGGGGAGCCUCUCAGUCGGGACUUGGCGCACCCUGGAGCCCCUGUCUGUGGAGCGCACAUAGUAUCGAUCAAGGAGUUUGUUCGUUCACUAUUGUUUUUGGAUGAGUGGCAUCGCUGUGCUAAAUGGACAGACUUUAAAGGAGCUGUGCAGAUAGAAAUCUUUGGAUUUCUUCAAUGACAUGUAGUUGGCACACAGUUACCUCCACUAAUGGUUUAAUAAACUCCGUGGGAAUAUUCAUCUCAUACAGGGGUGUGGAUUUUUUUCUUUUUUUCUGAAGGAACAGCAGAAUUCAUAUUGGAAACAUUAGAAACUUAAAGCUCUCCGUGAGUUUCUGCAACAUCCAAGAUGGAUUUUGAGUCAUCAUGGAUUGGAUUGUUAAUGGCAUUGUGUCAUCUGGCAGCGAGAGUCAGGGGAGAGGAGGCGGCAAAGUGCGGAGGCAUAUACGAUGCCAGCAAGGCGGGUUACAUCACCUCCCCCGGUUACCCUCUGGAGUACCCGCCUCACCAGAACUGCCACUGGACCGUCACGGUGCCGGAGCCCUCGCAGCGCAUCGUCCUCAACUUCAACCCGCACUUUGAGAUCGAGAGGCUGGACUGCAAGUACGACUUCAUCGAGAUCCGUGACGGGACUUCAGAAAAUUCCGAUGUUCUGGGUCGGCACUGCAGCAACAUCGCCCCGGCACCCAUCAUCUCGUCCGGAUCCUCCCUGCAGAUCCGAUUCGUCUCGGACUACGCUCACCAGGGGGCGGGCUUCUCUCUGCGCUACGAGGUCUUCAAAACAGGGUCGGAAUUCUGCUUCCGCAACUUCACCAGCUCCUCCGGCAUGAUCGACUCCCCGGGCUUCCCGGACAAAUACCCUCACAACCUGGAGUGCUCGUACAUGAUCAUUGCCCCGUCCCACAUGGACAUCACCCUCACGUUCCUGACCUUUGACCUGGAGAACGACCCCCUGCUGGUUGGAGAGGGCGACUGCAAAUACGACUGGCUGGACGUGUGGGAUGGCCUGCCGCAAGUGUCUCCUCUGAUUGGUCGGUACUGCGGGACGAAGAUCCCUCCGGAGAUCCAGUCGUCCUCCGGCCUGCUGUCCCUCUCCUUCCACACCGACAUGGCCGUAGCCAAAGACGGCUUCUCCGCCCGAUACAACAUGACGCACAAAGAAGUCCGAGACUCGUUUCACUGCAGCCUGGCGCUCGGCAUGGAGUCGGGGAAGAUCAGCGACGAUCAGAUCUCCGCCUCGACAACCUUCUACGACAACCGCUGGCUGCCCCGGCAGGCCCGCCUCAACAACGAGGACAACGCCUGGACGCCUUCAGAGGACAGCAACAAGGAGUACAUCCAGGUUGACCUCCACUUCCUGAAGGUUUUGACUGGCAUUGCCACACAAGGGGCCGUUUCCAAAGAGACGCAGAAGUCCUACUACGUCACCACCUUCAAACUGGAAGUCAGCACCAACGGGGAGGACUGGAUGGUGUACCGGCACGGCAAGAACCACAAGAUUUUCCACGCCAACACAGACCCGGCCGAGGUGGUUCUGAACCGCGUCCCGCAGCCGGUCCUCGCCCGGUUUGUUCGCAUCCGACCACAGGUCUGGAAGAACGGCAUUGCCCUGCGCUUUGAGCUCUACGGAUGCCAGAUCACAGAUGCUCCAUGCUCGGAGCUGCAAGGCCUGCUGUCCGGCCUGCUGCCCGACGCACAGGUCUCUGUCUCCUCCAGCAGGGACAUGGUGUGGAGCCCCAGCACUGCCCGGCUGGUGGCCAGUCGCUCCGGCUGGUUCCCCGCCCCCGCUCAGCCGCUAGCUGGAGAGGAGUGGCUGCAGGUGGACCUCGGGGUGCCUAAAACGGUGCGAGGAGUGAUCACCCAGGGAGCAAGGGGAGGAGACGCAGCGAGCGGCGCGACCACAGACAACCGGGCGUUUGUCCGGAAGUACAAAGUGGCGCACAGUCUGAACGGGAAGGAGUGGAAUUUCAUCAUGGACAGCAAGACCAGCCUGCCUAAGAUCUUCGAGGGAAACACGCACUACGACGCCCCGGAGCUGCGUCGCUUCGAGGAGAUCGUGUCACAGUACAUCAGGCUGUACCCAGAGAGGUGGUCUCCAGCAGGCAUCGGGAUGAGGGUGGAGAUCCUGGGCUGCGACCUUCCAGAAAUGACCACGCCGGCCGACACCGCCACUCCAACUGUGCCCGCCGACACUGAAACCACCACCGCUGCCGCCUCCACCACAGUAGCCACCUUUCCUCCAUCAGACAGCCUAUGUGACUUCGAUCAAGGCCUGUGUGGGUGGACCCACGACCCCAACGCCCCUCUGCUCUGGUCCCUGCACAGCCACGAGCUCAACAGCUACCUGUACAUGGACGCCAGCUUAAAGACGGAGCAGCAGCAGGCCCGGAUCGUGAGCCCCGUGUUGGCGGCCGACAGCGGGCCCCUGUGCCUCAGCUUCUCCUACCAGCUGUCGGGGGAGGCCCAGGGCCACCUGAAGGUCCUGCUGCGGGACGCCCACAACGAGGAGACCGUGCUGUGGACCCUGAAAGACGACCAGGGCCCCGUGUGGAGGGAGGGCCGCACCAUCGUGCCUCGCUCGCCUAAAGACUUCCAGGUUGUGAUGGAGGGUUUCUUCGUGCACGGCACCAGAGGACACAUCUGGAUAGACAACAUCCACAUGAGCUCCAGCACACCCCUGAAAGAGUGUACACAACCCUAUGCAGCGUUUUCUCCUGAAAACCCAGGGGGAGGCGUUCCUGUGCCUCCCUUACCCAUCCACUGGUAUUACAUUAUGGCCGCUGGGGGUGCCCUCCUUCUCCUGGCAGUGGCCAUCUUGGUCAGGGCCCUCUGUUGCUGCCGACAACACCUGGCCACCAAGAAGAGCCAGCUGUCGGUGGCCUAUCACAGCUCCUCGCAGUGCUUCCAGUACUCUAACUGGUCCUCCAGUAUGGCCGCCCCAGGGGUGGAGCCAGUCCUGACCGUGAGGCUGGACAGCCGGGACCGACACCGAACCCUCUGCUGAGAGAGAAGCGUUAGCUGCGUUGUGUUUGGCAGAGCAGGACGCCUACGUGUGAUGUCAGCGGCAGAGUGAUGCUGCAAAGAUUGACAGACCACUGGACGACCCCCCCCUCAUUUAGUUUAUAGAGGGUGGUGAUGAGUAACUGCCAUGUGAACAAUUGCUAAAGAACCAUCUCCCUCUCUGCCCGGAUGGAUGUAGCUUCGGUUUUUUUCUCUGUUCCAUUACGGAGUUUGCUGUUGACAUUUCACACUGUGCUGCUCCUGAUGAGAGGACUAAAGUCUGAGUUAGUUAUUUAUCUGAACAGCUUGUCUCGGACCAUUGAGUGCCGUCUGGCUCCUCGUAACCCCAGCGGUCCUCCUGGACUGACCCCAGCACGGACACACACACAGACAUGUGUGGGCUGGGAGGAGAAGGGGGUCGAGCUGCUUCCGCUGUGAGAGCCAGCCGGAGCUGCCAAACCACGGGCUGAAACAAGACCCCAGAGACCAUGGAGCUCUGCAGCGCUGAGAGAGAGACGAGAAAACUGUUAGGCUGAGAGGCAUUCGACGUGCUGGCUGUGGAAAUGAUCUGGCAAGCCCGAGAAAACAAAGCUCUUGGUAUCUCUGUAAUAACAACACGAGAAAGCUGUGAUAUGAGUUGUACCAAUAGUGAGGGGGUUGUUAGGAAAAAUCUCUCCAUUGUGCUUUUUCAACAGAGCAUGUGCACAUUUAAAAACAAAGGAAUGCAAAUCCAUCAUACUUUAAGUGCUGCAUCACAAAUGGAGAUAACCAGCUCCUUUGAUUGAACGUCUCGUCUGCUCCUGAUAAAGGCGUCAGUCAGUGAUGGAUGCAGCCGUCCUCAGUGUUUAGUGUUUCAUCUUGAUUCUCUGGCGUAAUAAAGCACGUUGUUCCCACUCCCAUUUAUGCUACAUACCACCCACCCCCAUUGUUCCUCCAUAUGUGUUUGAGCCGCCCAGAUGAACCCCAUGCUGAGCCAAGCCUUGUUGUGUUUUCAUUGGGAAUAUAUGCUUGUUGUUUUUGGGGUUGUAAAUAGACACAGCUGUCUGCCAUCACCAUUUCGCUCUUGAUUUAUACUCCUACAAAUCCCACAAUGCCGCUGGACCAGCUGGAAGUAAUAAGUGUAUCUGUAUAGGCCUUCAGAGGGAUCCCGGACGUUAUGCAAACCACAGCAGAGCUUCUUCCUUCAGUUCCAUAAGACGCCGUGAAUGGCUUUAAGAUCAAAUAACACAUAGCGAGUGCUCUUCUUAUUCAUGUUAAACGUACAUCUGGGAUCUUAAAGCCGGUUUUAUUGUGAAAUUCCAAAUAUUUCUUACUGACAUAGACAAAUUGGCCCCAAUUCCUCUCUCAUCAGUCGAUACAGAGGUGGCGGGAUUUGACACAAGCCCAUUUGAACUCCCCAGAUUGAAUGAAAUUGAGGUCUUCACUCUGUGGCUUAACGGCCCAUGCUUUCGGGAUCUGUCACACCAGCAGAAAUCCAUCACCUCCUAGCCCGCAGCUCAGCAGAAAGCACCUCCAUUUGUCGCCCACAAUUUAGAAGCUGCACUUUUCUCUUGGUGGACAAAAAGGAGUGUUUUUUGGCACGCUCUCACCACAGGCUUUUAAAUCAGCUUUGGGGAGGAGGGAUCGGACAGCGCACUCGGGCCAUCUCGACACCGUUCCGCUCCAAGCCUCUAAUAGUUGUAAUUAGUUAAUGGACGGAUAACAUUUAUUAAGGCUGCGGUAAGCACUUUUCCCUCUCAUUUACCGCACCUCCGUCGCCCAAUCCGCUGCCAACUUCAGUUGCCCCGGAAACUGUAUUAAUAACGCCAUUGGCCAUCUAAAGACCUCCAGAUCCAGACGUGUGCCUUGCCAAGCAGUUACUCCCACUAUGCAUGCCUGCCAAGAGCAGCGAGCGCAAACACACACACACACACACACUCACACACACACACACACACACACACACACACACACACACACACAAACUCAUCUAAAGUACACUCCAGCUAUUUGGCUCAAGUGCUGCAGCCACUGCAAGUUUUACAACACUUAUAAUCAUCCAAUUCAGACACUCUCCUACAUAUCGGUUCACACCCCUCUCACAAGCACUACUUAAAUGUGGCCAUUAGUUUUCCUUUCUUUAAUCAUCUUAUGCACCACUCUUAAGUUUGACAGUACCCGUGUCGAUGAUUUUACCGGUGAUAAUGAUGUUGCUUAUUGGAUGUUCGCAUCUCUAUCCACACAGAAUGAACAGUCUUAUACCAUCAGUAUGCUAUGUGAUGACUGUGUGUUUGACAGGAAUGUAUCAUGAUGAUCUUUCUCUAUUAAUAAAGUCAUAUUUUUCUAUAA